AUGAGAAAAUUCGAUCCAUGGCCGAUCUUUUUCCGUUGGGAAUGGAGCCGCAACUGGCCAUUCCUGGUGGGUUUUGUCGUGACUGGCACUAUCAUCACCAAGAUGUCCCUCGGCUUCACUGAGGAUGAUGCAAAGAACUCUCAAUUUGCUCAGAGGCAUAAGAAUUAAAUCUCGUCAUCCUUAAACGUGUUGUUGAAUGGAGGCUACCUUGACAACCCUUUCUUCUUUUGUACUACUUUUUUAUGGCUAUCGAAGACAAAUUUUGAAUUGCAUAAAAUAUCUCCUGAAUAAUUAGUG